AUGGAGCCGCAAAGCGCCGCGCCCCCCGCGCCCGGCGCCCUACCCGUGCGCCCUCUCGUCAACCCCGACGAGUACGGCGAGGUGGACACCUCCAGGUACCCGGCGCCCAAGGAUGCCACAAACAAGGUGCGAGGGCGCAGCGACGUGCUGGAGCUGAUGUGCGGCGCGGGUGCCGUUGAUCCCGAGCUGCUCACGGUCAAGACCUUCUACUUCUUCUUUUAUUCGGCGUUUGGCUCACUGUUCCCGCUGAUGGGUGUCUACUUCAAGCAGAUGGGUAUGAACGCUGGCCAGUGUGGGCUGUUAAUUGGUACGCGGCCCUUCGUCGAGUUCCUUUCGGCCCCUUUCUGGGGUGGACUCGCUGAUCGCUGGCAGAAAGGACGCACUUUACUAUUGGCAUCGCUGGGUGCAUGGAUAGUGUUUACACUGCCGCUCAGCUGGGUGCAACCCGCUGCAGUGGCGUGCAUUCAGCCUCUCAACAGCACAGUAUAUAAUCUGACCGAAGCUCGCUACGACGAGGAAUGGGGUCCUACACCACGGUCUUUCCGUGGGCCCUCGGGGGCGGGAUCUCCAUUGCCAGUGAACGACGCACUCAACUACAAUGCAAAACUCAACGAGGACUGGGUAACCCCGCUGCACUCCUUUAUCGUCUACCGCACGCCUGAUAUACAAAAGACAUUCUUUUUGCUGCUGCUGCUGGUCGUCAUCGGCGAGUUUUUUAGCGCACCUGCCAUUACGCUCGCUGACUCCGCUGUCAUCACGCUUCUGGGCGAGGACGCUGACAGAUAUGGGCAUCAGAGGAUGUUUGGUUCGUUGGGUUGGGGGCUGGCAAUGUUCUUUGUCGGUAUAGCACUAGACCACAGCACGGCUUUCAGCUCUCACCCAUGCGGAGGCCCACAACGCUUUGAGAAGAACUAUACAAUAUGUUUCGCUACCUUCUCCGUGCUAAUGGGCGCUGCCCUAAUCACAGCCACGCAGAUCCGGUUCAAAUAUGAAUUCGCUCCGGUGGAGGUAGCAGCACCGGCCCCACCCGCUGAGCCGACGCAUGAAGAAAAGCUGCAGCAGCAGCUGGCUGAGCAAUUGCAACUUCCCGGUCUCGAUACCGGGGCCCCGUCACGCCCCGCAGCUCCACCUCUUGAGCACGCCAAGGUGUUUGCACAAACCACGCGCGAGAUGCCCGAGUGGGUCACCGUCCUACGGCAGUUUCAAAAUAUGAAAGCAGCCUCGUUCUUAUUCGUUGCCUGGUUUAUGGGUUUCGGUAUCGGUCUCAUCUUCACUUUUCUCUUCUGGCACCUGCAGGACAUCGGUGGCUCCCCGACCUUGUUCGGCGUGGCGUCUGUUAUUAAUCACAUCUCAGAAAUCUUCGCUUACUUCUUCAGUUUUAAACUAAUAACGCAAAUGGGACAUGUCAAGGUGCUGUGCCUAGGGCUGGCAGGCAACGUGCUGCGCUUUCUGUACAUCGCAUGGCUCAGUGACCCGUGGUGGGUGCUGCCGUUCGAGUUCGUGCAGGGCGUUACACACGCGGCGGUGUGGGCAGCCUGCUGCUCGUACAUCGCGCACGGCGCGCCUCCCGGUCUGCGCUCCUCCGCACAGGGCGUGCUGCAAGGUCUCCACCACGGACUGGGGCGGGGCUGCGGAGCGGUGUUAGGAGGCAUAGCCGUAGCCAAGUGGGGCACCACGCGCACCUUCGCCGGCUACGGCCUGCUGUGCACCGUAGUACUAGCUGCAUUUGCAUUCGUGAACUUCCGCGGCGGCGAUACCGACGGUACAGCAGGUGCGGGUGGACCCGGAGUCGACGAAGAGGCGCGCGCCGUGGCCGAGGCCGGUGUGCUAGCGCCGCACGGCGUGCCCUCCAACCCGCUGCCGCGAGCGCUCUCCUCCACGCGCCUCGCCGAUCUCGCACAUCACGACUCGUACGGCGCAACUCAGAGCUACAGCGGUGCGAGCGAGCUGAACGUACCGGGACAGGCGCCCGCUCCUCGCCCCAGCAACCCAUUUCUGGCGGAGCAGUCGGCGGGUCCCGCCUACAGAUAA